AUGAGUGAAUCAAAUCGGGUUAUUUUAUUUGAGCAGGAAAGGGCCUUUUAUCUACACAGAACACGCGAUUCUGACGAAAUUGGUAGAUACUUGGAUGAUCCUAAUGUUUGGCAUAUUGUGGAUGGGAAAAAACCAGAUAAAGUUGAUGCCAAGACAAUUCUUAUUUGUUCUCCAUUGAAAGAUCAUUAUAAGGACUUCUAUAAAAGUAUUCCAAGUAUACGAUACAUGCCGGUUUGGUCUUGGAAUGAAAUUGAUACGUGUAGAAAUAAGAUUUUCGGAAGCCUUAGUAGGGAUAAGGUUCGAGAGUUAUUUAUGAGGUGGGGAGGGAUUCCUAGAUAUGUUUUGGAGAGUGCUCUCAAAAAAGAAAUCCAAGAUCAACUCGAAGAUGCAUUUGAAGUAUGUAAUGAAGAUAUCUUUAGAUAUAUUGGCGGAAGGGAAAGCGAAAGAAACAUAAGUUAUAAACUCAUACAUAUCUGGUCGAACCUUCCAACGGAGGAAGAUGAUGCCGAAGGCGAUGAAGGAGCUGAAAGCGGUGAAGAUACCAAACCAUAUAUGUUAAAAACUAUUAUAUUCGCGUCUGAUUAUGUGGGUGAACAAGUAGCCAAGAAACUUAGAGAGACAAUAACGGAUAAGCUGUGUAAAGACAUGGAUGCGGUCUUGGAAGGAGGCAAAAGUGAUUCAAUCCUGGGCAGUUUUUUUGAGACGAUUGUACAUCGAAUGUUGCGGGGUGGAGGAACUUUUCAAGUUCGUUCUUUAGAUUCCAAUGAAACGUACAAUCUUACAUUGUGUCAACAGGAUAAGAUACUUAAGUUUUCUGAAAUUGAUAAUAUCGAAAACGAGAAGUACUAUCAACCGAUCGACAAAACUUUUCCAUCAAUUGAUGCGAUUUUCUCUCCCAAGUACCUCUUCCAGAUGACUACAGCUAUUAAUAAUUCUAUUAAUACAAUCGGGUUGAAAAAACUUCAUGGAAAAUUAGCGAAGACGGGUUAUAUCGACUUUUAUUUCGUUGUUCCAGCACAGUUGUAUGAUAAAUAUCAAAAGCAGAAUUAUGUUACCACCAAAAAUGUUAUAGAUCAGAAUGUACCACUUUGGAUUAGAAAACGGGUCAGGCAACAUGUUCUGAGAAUUGAUUUGAGUUCUGGAAGUUUAUCAUCAAAAAACGAAAGUUCAUUAAAAAGAAGUAGCAGUUCAUCGCGAGAAGCUAGUGCAUCAAAAAGAGUGAAAAAAUAG